AUGAAACAUACCAAAGAAUAUUAAAUCAGCAAAGAAAAUUUGAAGAUAAUUCGAUAAUCUGAAUUGAUUCAAAACACUGUGGUUUGGACCAACAAAAAUUUGUUCCUUCGUUAUUGCCAAUCCUAGAACUACUAUUACAUCAGAGACGUAAACGAAAUUCUUGCCGAUGCUUCAUCAAAAGCUGUAAUUCGCUACAAGGAUUGGCAUGGAUAUGACGAUGAUGAUGAAUAUCUCAAAAGGUAUUAUUACACUGAUGAAUAUCCAUAGAAGGUCCACUUGUUAACUGAAUACUAUAAAUUUCAUACAGAUAUAGCCAGAUUAUACAUGGAACCAAUUGCCACCUUGCUCAAUAAAUACUUCGAUAAGAAACGCAAAUACGAGUACUACAGGAUCGCUCAUUUGAUCGAAGAGGAAAAUAAAAAAAAUCCCAAUCGACCUCCCAAAGGCAUUGUAGGGGAACGACCCUCUCCUGCUAACUCCCAAGAAACCUAAAAGGAGGAAGAAUCUCCUACAACAGCAAGAAGAAUCAGAAACAUUGAAAUUUUGAAAGACCUGAGUUGGUUAAAUAAGUCAAGAUUAUUUAAUAAAUAGAAAAUUGAUAUCUCCUGCACUCUACAAGAUAUUUGCAAACAUCUGGGGAACUAAGCCUUCGAACAAUCUUCACUCUUCAUAUAGACAGGGAAAACAGAAGAGCUGAAAUUAAAUAAGUUUCUAGCAUAUGUGAAUCAGUAAGUCAAGAAAACCUCAAAUAAAAUUGAUUCUCAACAUCUUAAGCCUAAUAAGAAAUUGAGUCAACCUCAGGAAUAGUUAAUUUAAACUUUAAUUCAAAAACAAUAAGAAGAAUCAAAAUCAAGGUUAGGCUCUUAACAUUCUAAAUAAAACACUGAGUUAUUACUUUAGAUGAAUAAACUAUCCAAAGAUUUCAAUCUUAAUUUUGUCAGAAAUCAAGUCGAUUCCUUAUUCAAAAACAAUCAGAGCAAGGAAAAUCCACAAAGUCUUACGAGAAUCAAUCAGAAUGAAUAGAUUAAAUAAUCUGCCAAUCCUAAAUCUAAAACCAUUAUUUAACACUAACCUAAGAUAUCUACCCAACUUUUUCUUAAAGAACUUAAGAAAAAUGUACAAUCUAUUCCUUAAUUACUCAGUAAAUAUAAUACAUCUAAUAUACCAUCACCUACAACUAGUUCUCAUAAUAGGGUGGCUGCAUCCAAUUAGCCCAAUAUAGGCAAAUUAAACUUAAAAUAGAUAUCUAAGAUAUAGAUUGAGGAAGACCCUACUGAACAAGAAGUGAAAUUGAAAUGUGGAUCUCAAACACAUAGACCUCAUUCAGGAACUCAAAAUUUCUUUUCCAAUAGAAAUAGUCCCACUAUUUCAAGAGCUGCAUAAAAUGAUCUGAAAAUCAAUAAAAUCAAAUAAGCUCCUACUACAUCAUUAUAAUAGGUAAAUCCAAAUCCAAAAGCAAAUAAAUAAUCAGGAUCUUCAACCAAUCGAAAAUCUUCUCAACCUAAUAUUCAUAUUCGUUAUACAUCCAAUCAGGAUAAAAACUAUAAAAAUGUAUUUGUUACUAAAUAUUCAUUAGAAUAAUAGUAAAAGCAUAAGAAAAAUCAAUAUGAAGGAAAACCUCUCUAGUUAAAUACUAAUCUGCCUGAUACUUAAUAGGAGUAUGUCUGCUUAACAGACAGAGGAGGAGCUAGUGAAUUUCUAUUCAAAAAUAGUAUUGCUGCUUCAUGUCAAAACUCUCCAAAGACUUAAAAGAUAAAACGAAUCAACAGUGGAACAACAACUCUGAAAUGUUCAAUGAGUACUAAAAACUCUUUAAUCCAAUAAAUGAUAUCUUAAGUAAGCAAAUAAUAGUAAAAAUAAGAGGUUCUUUCAUCUUAAUUUAGAAAACCUAAUUGA